CUUUCUUAAUAUUUGCUGAUAAGGCGAUUAUUAUUCUGCAGCUUCUUUCUUGAUCUGGAGGUUUGCAGGUUUUGGAUAGGGAUAUGGAUUCUUCUUCCUCUUCUUCUUCUGCUUCCCUUCAAGAAAAGUACGAUGUGUUUCUUAGUUUCAGAGGUGAAGACACACGCGAUACUUUUACCAGCCAUCUUCACGCGGCUUUACGUCGGAAGAACAUUGAGACCUACAUAGAUUACAGACUUGAGAAGGGAGACGACAUUGGACCUGCCCUUCUGGAAGCAAUCGAGAAAUCGAAAAUUGCAAUAGUCAUUUUCUCAAAAGACUAUGCUUCUUCCACAUGGUGUUUGAAAGAACUUGUGCAUAUACUUGGAUGCAAGAAACGCUAUGGACAGAUGAUUGUUAUACCCAUUUUUUAUCGCAUAGAUCCAUCACAUGUACGAAAACAGCAAGGAACUUAUGCACUUGAAGAUCGUCCACUCAAGCGCAAUAGGGAUGAGGUGGCCAACUGGAGGGCUGCUUUGGAGGAAGCAGCCAAUAUGUCUGGGUUUCAUUAUUCCAGCAAAACAGGGAGGACAGAGGCCGAUUUUGUUGAGGAAGUUGUUCAAGAUGUUUUGACCAAAUUGAAUCGCAAAUCGUCAGGGGAUUUAAAGGGUCUGGUUGGAAUUGAAAAGAAAAUUGAGAAAAUUGAGUCGUUAUUAUGCUUGGAUUCACCAGGUGUUUGCUGUGUAGGUAUUUGGGGCAUGGGCGGUAUUGGCAAGACUACCCUUGCUGAUGCUGUAUUUCACAGGCACUCCUCUAAAUUUGAAGCUACUUGUUUUCUUGCAAAUGUCAGGGGGGACUCAGAACAAACGAAUGGACUACAUCAGUUGCGAAAUACACUUGUUCGUGAUUUAUUAAAGGAUAAAGAUGUAAAUAUCAAGACUCCUUCUAUACCACCUCAUAUUCAAGAUAGGCUCAGGCGUACAAAGGCGCUCAUUGUUCUUGAUGAUGUGAAUGCUCGAAAACAACUAGAAGUUCUUGUUGGUGAUGAUGAUCGGUUUUGCCAAGGAAGUCGAAUCAUUAUAACUGCUAGAGAUAAAGGCCUACUUGAGCAAAAAGUUGACCCUGCGAAGAUAUUCAGCGUUGAGGGAUUAGGUGCCGAAGAAGCUCUUCAGCUCUUUCAUUCGCAUGCUUUUGGAAAUAAGUCUCUGACAACAGAUUACACUGAGUUGUCAAGAGUGGUGGUGGAUUAUAUUAAGGGCAUUCCAUUAGCUCUUAAAGUUAUGGGGUCCUCAUUCCGUCGUUGCAAGAGCAAACAAGAGUGGGAAGUUCAAUGGAAAAAAGUGAAACGAGUUCCAAUCGGAGAAAUCCAGGAAGUAUUGAGAGUAAGUUACGAUGGAUUAGAUGACAAUGAGAAGGAGAUAUUUCUUGAUAUAGCAUGUUUUCAUAAAGGCCGUAAGAGGAAUUAUGUAGAAAUAAUGUUAGAUGGUUGUGGUUUCUUUGGGGCAGCGGGAAUCAAUGACCUUAUUGAUAGGUCUCUCAUAUCAAUUUCAUAUUCCUGCGAAAAGUGGGAAGAUAAGUUAGAAGCACGGAUAGAGAUGCAUGAUUUGGUGCAAGAAAUGGGUAGAGCAAUUGCUCGAGAACAACACAAAAGAUGGACAUGUUCAAGCAAUAUCCUUUGA